AUGGACCACAGAGAUAGCACGAUGUGGCUCGUCUUGCUAUUGACGCCGGCAUGGCGGAGGGAAAUCCCGCAGCUCGCCCAGCCCAGCCAGCCUAACCAAGACGGUCUGCAGGGCGAAGGCCGACUCGGCGAGCCCACGCCCGCUCUCUGCCACACCGGAGCUGGAGUCAACAUGGUCAUCAGCGAGGACAAGAACGCAGAGGUUGAGGUCGAGACCAUCAUCAAGACUGUCUAA